AAACGUAUGAUAAUCGAGGGGAAAUUAGAUAAGUAUGGAAAGCCAAAUGAAAACACACCAGCUGAAUGGUUAGAAAGUUAUACUUAUUAUUCCGGAGGUAAAUCAACAGAGCCAACGGUAACAAUUAAGGCCGAAAAUAACGACGUUGAUAAAGUUAGUAAAAAACGAAAGAGGGAAAGUGAUAUAAGUGAAAUAGAUACAACAGAUAUAUCUGUAAAACAAGAAGAAGUAUCCGUUAAAGUGGAAGAUCCAGAAACAUCAUCACCAAAGGAUAAAAAGAAAGAGAAAAAGGAAAAGAAGAAAAAGAAAAAGAAGGAGAAACAAUGUGCGGAAAGUGAGGAUUCGACGAUGAUGGAAGGUGAUAUCUCCGUAAAGAAAGAAAAAAAGAAAAAGAAGAAAAAGAAUCAAGAUCAAGAACCUGAAUCAAGCUAAGAAUUUAUAUUACAAAAAUAAAUUUUAAUUUUAAUUUCGGAAUAAAAGAAUUUAUAUGAGCGUACCUAAUCGGUUUUCGGUACCCAAACAUUUCGUUUAGCUAUUUCACCCCAGCUUAAUAAAAUUAGGUAUAAACUGUUAUGUGAAGUGUGUAAUUAUGAUUUUUUUCACUACGACUAUAUUACAUGCAUGGCUACAACGCUGAUGAAUGUGUAUGAAAUUAAUAGUACGAUUGAUAUCUGCUGCUUCAUAUAGAUGUUUCGUUGAUAUAUUAUCAAAUAAUGACAGCAUUCCCAACCAUAUUAUCUAUAUAUUGUAUGAAUGUCGUUUAAAUAAGCGAAUUGUUCCAUGACAAGGGCAAUCUUUUGACUUUUAACGUAUGAUACAAAAUAGAGCCACUAUAAUAGUGUGUCGUAGUGAAAAAUAAUUACACAAAUUUAGUUACACAAUUAUGUUAAGAUUUUAUUUUCGUAUAUUGUACAGUAAUUCAUCGAUUUCCUUAUAGCUCCAACUGCGCAAUUGAAAGAUAAAAGAUAUUGUAGAUUUUACUUUUGAUAACUUUCCUUUCGAUUUUUAUUUUUUCAGACUAUGCAAAAAUAUACUUUAGAAUUCUGGAAUUUCACUUGUAUUCUCACUUGAUUUAGUAAAGUGAGAGCUAACUGUACAUAUACGAUUAUUUUUUAAUGGAUUUAAAUAAAAUGAUGUAUCUAAGUGUGUUAUAUAUAUACGCACAUAUUUUAUAAGAUAUAUAAUUUAAUAUAUCUUAAUUUGUACAAAAAUUAUCGUUAUAAACGUAUAAUUAUAGCAUUA